ACUCUGGUUACACGCGACGUAAAUAUCCCGCUUUUAUCAUUCGUAAAGAUUUUAUCACUCAAAGGAAAAUAAAUGUUACAUUUCAUGAAUUCUCAGCGAAUGUCUUGAUCUUUAAGACUGUUCAUUGCUAACUUGUGAUUUAAUAAUGCCUAUUGUAAUCUAUACUAACGUAAGUAUAAUCGUUUUAAAAUAUCAUGCAACGUUCUCAUAACAAAACCUUUAGUUCGUAAUACAUUCAAAUAGGCUUGAUCGAAGAUUCAUAAAAAGUUAGUCUCCUGAGUGAAGCUAAGAUAAAAAAAGAUUAAAAAAGAGUAUCUACAUACUUUCUCGUUAAACGGAGUAGGUUGAAGGCGAAUUUGUUUAUUAAAGCUAACGGAAUAAAUAGUGACGUAAUAAGAACUGUAAAAUUGUCUUUUGGAGCGAAACUGUAUUUCCUAUAAAUUGUUUGCGUAGACCGCGGGCCACAUUCAUUCCGCGAGGCCACGGUUGCCCAUGCGUGUUCUAGAUGACAUUGCUUUUGCGUUGAUCACCCUGAACUACACUAAUUAUAAGUUAAUCAGUCGAUGUCUGCGCGUCCACGGUUUCUCUCAUCUGGCUACAUUUAUCUGUGUCUUCAACGAUUAACAAGCUAGACACGAAGCCUCAAUUGGAUCCUUGUUAUUGGCAGAUGAGUGAAAACGCAUACAUCCAAGCAUUUUCGUGCUUACACAGACACUUUCCAUAAAAUUGGACGGAUAUCCUGAACUAGUCCGUGGUAUUUUAUGUCAGUAACUGUACAUAAAAUUCUAGUGCAUGGAUCAGAUGUAAUAAAACAUUCCAUUCUUCCAAUUGGACAGUUAUCGGGGCACGUCCAGGAGCGUCGUCAUAAAGAUACAGAGAUGCAUCGAGAACAUUUUAAAAAGCCAUCCUCGAGGAUGCCAUAAAUAUUUUUUUUUUGUAACUUGUAAUCACCUCGUUAGGAACUGCCGCAGUUAAAGUUACCGGUUACGGUUGCUCACGAAAUGAAAACAAAUAAACGAAGGGAAAUUCUUCCUUCGAGUGUAUAAUACGUUCGAAAAAAUGACGAAUUCGGAUCGUAAAAGAUUUGAUCGUUUGGACCGUUCCUCGAUCGAGUCCUUCGUUUGCGAUCAAGUCAGCGGUAGCGGUAUAGUUGAAGCAACUGUAGCAGUAGGGGCCCAACAUGUGCUAGGUCCCAAGUGGCUGGUGCAACGGUCAGUCAGUCGGUCAUCGUCUUUCGCUCGUGUUCUUCAAAGAUUCGUGAGAACCACGUGGAUGCGUUCGCCUCAUGGUCGACAUGGUCCUCAGGCAUCUUCCGAUCACCCUUGUGCAACUCGUCGCGCUCACGAGCAUCGUGUUCCCUACGGAAGCGCGGUGGAGUGUUUUAUCGCGUGUGUCGAGCAGUGUUUGCGCUCUGAUCGUCUUCCCAUUAAACACGCAUCAAUGGUCGUUGAUGGGCUUGAAUCUGUGGCCGAGUCCCGCCCCGAGACCUAAUCAAACCCAAAUCGCGUCGAGGCCAUCCGACGGGACGAUUUUUGACAAGUAUUCCAUCUCUAGGGUUUUAAACUUCUUUCCCACCCCCGUGCAAGAGGAGUGCCUAUCCCAGGACAAACGGCGACGGGGCUUAUGCAUGAACACGUAUGAGUGUCGCAUUCAGCAGGGGAAGUCCCAUGGACCGUGUGCACUUGGCUUUGGCGUGUGUUGCAUAUUCACGGCAAGUUGCGCGGAGGAGGUGCAAAAUAAUCUGACCUACGUGAUCAGCCCUGGUUUCCCCAACCUCAUCGACUGGCCCAUGAACUGUUCGGUGGUCGUACGGAAGAUCGAUAGGCAGGUCAGCCAGCUCAGGAUCGAUUUCGUCCACUUCAACAUAGGUCAACCCAACGCUAGGACGGGCGUAUGUGACGAAGAUAUCAUGGAAAUCAGAAAUGGUAGGAGCGUGUUUCAAAUGUGCGGUUGGAACAGUGGCCAGCAUCUAUACAUAGACUUGGACGAAGACGAUCAGUCCCUGACGUUGGACUUUCGCUUACCCAGCGAUCUGCAGUCUCGCAUGUGGGAGAUGCGAAUCGUUCAACUAGCUUUCGAGCAGCGUGCUCCGAGCGGAUGUCUUCAGCACUACCAUGGCGUCAACGGCACCCUGAAGACGUUCAAUUACUUGUCGAACGGCAGAUUCCUUGCGGACCAAGAUUACCUGAUCUGCGUUCGCCAGGAAAGAGGGAUGUGCGGGAUUUCCUACGUACCUUGUACGCCGGACUCCUUCCGGAUCGGUCCUCGAAGGAUGCAGGCGACGAACGCCAACGAUAUCAACGCCAACGAUACCAACGCCAACGCGUCCCUUGAUGAGAACUCGGUUGGAAACUCCACUGCCCAGAACACGACCAACGAUGACAAUUCUGUGAACAACAUGGAGGUGGAUAUGGAAGGAUCAGGAACGAAUCCCAUGGAACAAGAAGUUGCUGCUUCGAUGAACGACUCGAGUCCCACGAUGCAAGAAGCCGUCUCGACGAACACGGAGUCUUACGGGCAGCCACGGUGCAGGGACAGGGUGCUCAUCCCUUGUGACUUCGAGGAAUUUAUCACGCCUGGGAACAACGAGGCUGGAAUUUGCAACCUAGAGCACUGUGGUGACUCUCUGUGCGAUCAAAACGAGGUGGACGAAGAAGGAAACUGCCGCGUGGAGACUUGGGCAACGCCCUUUCGUAUAAGGGUGGCUUUUGGUAGUGGACAGGACACAGGAACCACGCUGGAGGACAAUAUUGGCAUGUGUCUCGUGUACGAACAAUUACCAUGCGUGUCUUGAACGAGCUAAUGAUAAAUGGGCUCGGUUAGUGAAAAGGUACGAGUCUGAAAUUCAUACAGGUCAUCCGAACAUUGAUACCCUUCGUUCGAUCGAUCAUAGCUUCGUGCGUCAGUUCCACACGGAGAUUAAUUCGUUACCAAUUGUGGCAUACUCGUUUUUUUUUUUCGAUAUAUCUGACUUAUUUACCUUAUUUUCAACGUUUAAUUUAAGCUUAGACCGAUACGUGUGCUGUGUAUAUAUUUUCUUAUUUCUUAUCUUAUUUAUUUAUUUAUAUAGUAUCGAUAAGAGAAAAAUAUAGUUACGAAUAAAACUGCAAACGUCACGAAAAUAUAUUCAUAUUUCAACGAAUCACCGACAUAUUCAUAGUAAAAUAUUUAAGUAGCUCUUGAGAUAAAUUCAAAAUAUGUUUUCGCGAGGGUUGGGGCUCUCAUUACAAAACCAAAUGUCUGCCUUUCUGCUCUCUGUGGAAAUAGCCAAUUAAAAUUCUACGACUCCAGGUUCUCUCGGUUUCCAUGCCUCAAAGGGUAGUUUGUGUCUGCAGGGGUUGCACCACCUUUACAGCCAAAGAAAACGGGGAUAAUCCUUUUUUUUUUUUGUUAAAUGUUAAUCUGGGCUAUUAAAAGUAAUAUAGAACAAGAUCUAUUGGAAUAAUCGUAAAGUAAAAUGUGACGUCUUGGGAGGUGCAAGUGAGAAUCGAAGACUCGCGCGAGACACGAAUGUCAAAGAGUUAAAUAGUCUUUAUUUACAAACGAACUAGCUUAAAUCACAAACGCAGCGCACAACUCUCGAUACAAUAAUAGAUAUAUAAUUCGCCUUUUUUAUUUUUCCGCUUCAUUUCUCGCGAUUACACGUCGCGAUCAUCGGCCACGAUACGCGCGCAAAAUCUCGCCCCUGGUUCCCUCGAAGACGAGCAAAAUUUUUAUUUGGACACAAAUCUAGAACAACGCGUACAAUGUGAGCAAGAUAAAAAGAAGAUUUUGUCUAUUAUCGACACAGGAAAAAGAAAAAUUUCAAACGCAGAAUGGACACCACGUUGAACUAAUAAAAUCCUAUUUAUAUAAUAUAUAAAUUUUUUUUUUAUGUGAUUUUUAUUUUAAUAUGAAGAAAAUACAAUUUUGCCUGUUUCUACCUUUUUUCCGGGAAAACGUCUCAUCUUCCGUGUCCUUCGUUUCCUUUCGAGGGUUUAGCUUGAAAGGUAGCCAAAAAACGCGUCCUCGAGGGGCCACUAGCGCGGCAGACGCGGACGAUGAUCACGGAAAUCGCAGCGAUAACGAUAAUGAUGUUACAAGAAUAAAUUAUAAUGCUAUUAAUACAAUAAUGAAUGUUACGUCACGCCGGAAUUUCAAAAGAAACACGCUCCGACCAGAACACGUUACGGCGUGACGUUACGAGCUCAUCAUUUUAUCAUCUGUGUUCCAUCACCUUCUUCUGCUUCUUCUUCUUUUCUAUCAACCCUGGAAAGACUGAGGAGGGAGUUUGUCGAGCUCACCGUUUAGAAAAUCUUAAAAACAUGUUAUUCCUCUCGCCACAAAAUAUUUCCAAAAAAAUUAUUUAUUGUCGCUUACGUGUUUAAGAUUGAUGUUUAAAAAGCGCGAAAAUUAUUAUUAAUCUUAAAAUAGUAGUUCUCAACCUCUUCGCUGUUGGAUCACUCAGAGAUAGGAAAAGCCUUCGUGUUGAAUAAACUUGGCUAUUCAUUUUUUAACAA